AUGGAAUUCUUCAACACUACUUCUUCGCUUUCUCAUUUGUUGCCUCAACAGCAACACCCAAGCUCGUACUUCGAUGUGCUUAGACAGCUUGGCGAAUCUCCGGACCUGCAAAUAGCAAACUUGUCCUUAAUAGAAAGGCUAUGGGCAUCUUGGUAUAUUUUCAUGAAUAAUGAUAUCCUUGCCACUGGGUUGUUAUUUUUCAUUACUCAUGAAGUUGUAUAUUUCGGUAGAUGUAUCCCGUGGAUGAUCAUUGACCAAAUGCCAUUCUUCAACAGAUGGAAGAUCCAGGCAAGCAAAAUCCCUUCCAACAAGGAACAGUGGGAAUGCAUGAAAGAGGUUUUGAAAUCCCAUUUAUUGGUUGAAGCUUUGCCAAUUUGGUUGUUUCACCCCAUCUGUGCUAAUUUAAACAUAUCGGUUGAAGUGCCAUUUCCCUCAUAUUCGACCAUGGCAUUUCAAAUAGCAAUUUUCUUUGUAUUGGAAGAUUUCUGGCAUUACUCGUUCCACAGGCUAUUCCAUGUUGGUUGGUUCUACAGGAAUAUUCAUAAGCAACACCAUAAGUAUGCAGCACCAUUUGGGUUGACUGCUGAAUAUGCACAUCCAGUUGAAGUUAUGGCCCUUGGAACGGGGACAGUUGGAUUCCCCAUUCUUUAUGCAUAUUUAUCCAAGACCCAACCAUAUGGCUUGAACAUACCAGAAUUACACUUGUAUACUCUUACAUUUUGGAUUACGUUGAGAUUAUUUCAGGCAGUUGAUUCCCACUCUGGCUAUGAUUUCCCAUGGUCGUUGAACAAAUUUAUACCAUUCUGGGCAGGUGCAGCACACCACGACGACCACCAUCAUUUUUUCAUUGGGAACUAUGCAAGUUCAUUUACAUGGUUUGACUUCUUCAUGAGCACAGAGAGUGGACAGAUUGCAAAAGCAAAGAGAGAGAAGAAGAUGAGAGAACACGCAGAGAAAGUUCUCUAG